AUGAUUGGCGCAGGAUGGCUGUUCUUGUUCGCGGUUCUCAUGGCCGCCGGGCUUCUUUUCACGAUGGUCUUUUUCAUCAUUAUGUUCUCCGAUCUGGAGUGCGAUUAUAUUAACCCUAUUGAUUUGUGCAAUAAGCUUAACGCUUUUGUCCUCCCUGAAAUGGGUGCACACGCCUUCCUUACAUUCCUCUUUCUCGUAUCGUUUCAAUGGAUCGCACUGCUACUCAACUUACCACUCGUGGCUUUCAACGUCAAUAAAGUGCGACAAAACUCUCAUACAUACGACGCGACAGAAAUAUUCCGCACGCUUUCACAGCACAAAAAAGAAUCAUUCAUUAAACUUGGGUUUUACCUUUUAUCCUUCUUCUACUACCUCUACCGCAUGAUUCUCGCCCUUAUCUCAGGCAAGUUUAAACAUAGUUCUCGCCCGCACCCUCGACCUCACAGAAUGCUGACGUCAUGCCUCUUUAUAGAAUAA